AUAGGCGUGUCAUCGGUUUGUUAGAGUUGAUUUCGUUGCGAUCAUGGAGAAGUUGAAAAUACGAAAACAAAUCGAGAGUUUAUCCUCGGAGCAGUUGGCCCAAGAACUAAUCAACAAUGGAUACGCAUUUUCGUACCAAGCCAUCAUCGAUAAGGAUAUCACGGGUAAAAAAAUGCUGAAUAUGACGGAAAUGGAGAAAAACGAGCUGAGUUUCGUUAUGUCCAGAAUUCAGUUGCAGCAGUUCUGGUCAUACGUUAUGUCAGUAAAAAACGACCCAACUCAAAUGGUACUAAGGAGUAAUAAUUCAUCAUCGAUUCAAAAGCCUGUACCUCCGCAACCGAAAUUCGCGAAACCUCCAAUAACUACUGGAGGAAGAUUUGUGUUUCCACCGAAACCCAUUGAUAGUUUUCCGCAAAAACCAAAUAUCUCGACACCGAAACCUCCUCAACAAAUCUUGCCUCCGAAGCCAAAUAUUGUACGAACGCCUGAUGUCAAUACUACACCGGAAAGUGAACCAUUUGCAACGUCGAACGUUUAUCCGUUCGGACUUAGGCAAGUCCAGAAACCAGCGGCGGAUAUUGCGAAACCUUCGAUAGUGCGUAAAACCAGCGAGAAAUUUGAGACAUCAAGCAAAUACCCGUUCAAGUUUAGAGGUGCCGAAGAACAAAUUGCUAACAAAGAAAAGGAACAGAUGUCGGCUAACGAGCCGGUAGAUCCAUUUGCUACAUCCAGUGUUUACCCGUUCAAGAACAGGGCCAAAAUUGUGAAUCAAAAGCCACCGUCACCGGUAGUGGAGCCUCAAAGAAACGACCAAGAUAAAUUUGCUGCUUCAAACAAAUAUCCAUUCGGGCGAACUGCUUUUGAAAAUUCUGAGAUGGAGUAUCCUCAGCAGACAGUUUCAGAUGGUGCGGCAACUUCGGAUGCAUAUCCAUUCAAGAACCGAUUGCCGCCUAAACCGGAUCUGCCGAAACCUCCGGAAAUGAACGUCUUUAAGAAGAAGCCUUUGCCGGUUAUCCCGGCGGAAAAACCGAAGGAUAUCGCACCGCCUACAUCUAACAAUUAUUCCUAUAAACAAACGCCUAUAAUAAAAGUAAAUGAUCCGAACCCUAUCGGAUUGGGUAAACCGAAAAUUGAGCCACCUGAACCAUCGAACAACAAUUUCUUAGCGAAACGCGAUCUUAUUUCAAAUAUUUUCGCAGGGAAUCGUCCCAUGUCGCAACCCAAACCUGAACCAGAACCAGAACACGAACAGGAGGAUCCGAUCUACGGAAAUGUGGAACGCGAGGAAUAUUAUCUUUCGGCUGAUGAUUCAUUUGCAUCCGAUGAAUCGUUUGAACCCGAUGGUGAUGAGCCAGAGUAUGGUAAUAACGUUUACAGGAAUGUGUCUGCGCCUGUUUCUCCACAUGAGCCUCUACCUAUGCCUAAACCAAUGCCUUCGGAAGAUAAAUUGCCGCUUCCACCGAACUUUCUGGUGCCUCCAAGGUAUAACGACAACGAAAAUAACCAACUGACGGAGGAUCAAGUUUACCAACCUGUUAUAUCGGUUGACGUUGAUCAGGAUAUACAGAAUCUUCUGCAUCCUCCACUUCCUAGGCGACCUCGCGUCACAAUACUCAACUUGUCUAGGCAAGUUGGAAACGAUCGUCUGGUCAGAUCCGAGCAAGGUAAUUUCCUCUUCAGGACCAGCAACACGCACUACUGCGUCCUGAUGAUAAAAACGAAUUCCGGACACAUCGCAAAUAUUCCGAUAGUUAAGCGUGAUAAUCGUAUCCAUCUGGAUGCUACCAAUAUGGAUGCAACCAAAUACUUUGACAACCUGACAGAUAUGGCCGAUUAUUACAAAAUGCAGGACACCAAAAUGGGAAAUACCACAAUACGAUUUAGAAAUAUGUUGACGUAAAUUAUUAAGCUAACAAGAAGACAGUAGUAUAUAUAUAAAAUUCCUACUUUAAAUUGAACAAAUAAUAGUAAAGAUCUAAAUUUAUUAGCCCAAAAAUUUA